AUGAUGGAAGAAAUGAGAAUUGAUCUCAUCAACAUGCUCAACUGGAAAAGGGAAGCUGUUGAGAGAAUUGCCAAUGAGAGCGAAAAGUUAUCGGAUGAACAUGACUACGAAAAUGAUGACAUUGAAUAUCCAAAUUACUACAACAUGAAGAAAAUCCUUUCUGAAUCAGAUGUUACUGAAAACCUAACAUUACCAGAAGGAGAAAACCGUUUGAAACUAAGCGCUCAUCCCAACUUUGACAACUCUCUAGUAAAUCUCGAAAAUAGCGCUGUUCACAUCCCUGUCAAUGUUUAUGAUAACUCUUCUGAAGUUAUUCACGGUAUUCAAGUAACCGAAAAAUUGAUUGAUAUUUUCAAAUUAAACCUAGCCAACGACCCAACAUUGUCGUGGCAAUUUUUGGGAUCUAGUAAAGGUUUCAUUCGAAUCUAUCCUGCUUCCAAGUGGAAAACGCCAAUUGAUUCAGAAGGGCAAAGCAAAACGCAAAUUCCAGACAUGUACGACUGCAGAACGCGUCAAUGGUACAUUCAAACUGCUGCAUCACCCAAAGACGUUGUCAUUCUAAUGGAUGUCAGUGGCUCAAUGACAGGACAACGUCGAACAAUUGCUCUCAAUGUGGUUAACAACAUUCUGGACACACUCACUGAAAAUGAUUUCUUUGUGGUCUACAAUUUUACCAAAGAAGUGAAGCCAGUAUACCCGUGUUUUAACCACAUGGUCCAAGCAACUCCGCGCAAUGUUCAAGAAGUUAAAUAUAUGCUGGACAAUUUUGUAACUGCCGAUAUUGCAAACUUCACUGCUGCCUUCAUCGAUGGAUUCAAUAUACUCAAAGAAGUUUUUAGUGAGAAAAAAGGCGCCCUAUGUAAUCAAGCUAUAAUGCUGAUCACCGAUGGUGCGCCGGAAACUUAUGAACCCCUUUUCAAAGAAUACAAUGCUGACAAAUCAGUUCGAAUCUUCACUUACGUCAUCGGUCGUGAUGUUACACAGAUCAAAGAGGUCAAUUGGAUGGCAUGCAAUAACAAAGGGUUCUAUGCUCAAGUGGCCAAUUUAGCAGAAGUGCGCGAACAGGUACACCAGUACAUUCCUGUUAUGAGUAGGCCACUGGUUCUCUCGGGCGCUCGUAUUUUUACCUGGACGCCAGUCUACACUGCUUACUCGGAAAUACAACUGAGUGAUUGGAUUUGGGAUGAACGAGUGAAAGCACUAACAGUUAAGCUUCACGAGAAAAAACUAAUUAGAGGCGAAGAGAGUGCCAUUGAUGUCGCUGUUGCUACUGCAGAUGGGUCAAAAAGUGAUCUGGCACAAGUUACCCGGGAAGAUGCGAACAACGAAGAUGAGUUUGAAAUCGUCGAUCAGGAUGAUACUUACUUGGUUUGCAAAAGAAUUUUUGAUGCCGAGUUAGAAAUGGCUAAAAAAGUAGUGAAGAAAAAGAUCCAACUUAUGACGACAGUUUCGACGCCAGUUUUUGAUAAACGCAAGUAUAUUUCUCGAAUUGCCAAUUUACUCGGUGUGGCUGGGACUGAUGUUCCCAUAAAAGAAAUUGAAAAAAUGGCACCGCCUUUCAAGCUCGGCGUCAACGGAUACUCUUUUAUGACGACAAACAACGGAAAAGUUUUAUUCCAUCCUAACUUUAGUCCGAUUUUUCAAGACUUUACAGCAAUUCAAGAUUUGGUGAAACCUUUCUACAGCGCAGUAGAUCUAACCGAAGUGGAAUUGGGGAAUAUUACACAAGAAUCGAGAACAUUUGAUCCGAAUAUUGUUCAGAUUCGUACUGAAAUGGUUAAUCGUAAACGUGGAUCAAAGAAAGUUGCUACUCGAACUUUUGUUGACUCAAUGAAACGACCAUUGACUCGUUUGCAGCACUACAUUUACGACAGUGUAGAAAAUACUCCCUUCAGCUUUGCCAUAUCUUUGCCAGAACCAUAUGGCUCAUUUCGUUUCACCGGCCAAACUGAUUUGCGAAGCAGUUACAAUACCGAAAACUACACUCGCUACUUUACCGGUACUAAAUGGCGUAUUCAUCCCGAAUGGGUAUACUGCGAGAAUCCUCAAAAACUAUCCAUCGGUCCAGCGCCUAGUACACCAGAAGAAGCACUAUUGCAGUUUCUCAUUAAUGAGUUGCCCAAGAACCAAUUUCGAUGGCGGACGAGCAGUAGCAGCCCACCGUCCAAUGCUAACUUUACUUGUAACAAAGAAUUGUUGCAAAGUUUAAUCUUCGAUGCUGCCGCCACUCAUAUCUUUGACACGUGUAGAGAUUUUGAGCUUCGUCACCGGCGAAACACUAAAGGAAGUGUCGACGUUCUGAACGCUUUCGUCUCCACUCGAAGUGGCUUGACUCGAUUCACCAAUCCGUGCUUUAGCCAUGACUUUAGGAAUCGCAGUGAGCACGAGUACAACAUUUUGGCCCGAUCAAUUGAAGAGGACUACUACAAGCGGGCGGUGGAUUUUUACUACCUCAAAAACAAUGCCUUCAUUUAUUCCGUUCCAUUUAAUGCUUACAAAAACGAAGAAUUUUUAGUCACUGCUAGUAGAGCCAUCGUCGUAGGAAAUGGCAAAAUGAGCGCCCCUGUUGCUGUGAUUGGCCUUCAGUACAACCAUACGCAGUUCCGAGACGCAUUCUUUAAGAUAACUAAAGAACACAACCUCAACUGCUUAUCAGAUGAUACUCUCAACUGUUUUGUGCUCGAUAAUAACGGCUUCAUCAUUAUCAGCAAAGGCAUAAAGAAUGGCAAGGAAGUUAAUCAAACGGGCAUGUUCUUUGGCGACGUCAAUGAUGAUCUGCUGCAAGACAUGGUUAGCCAGGGCGUUUACCGGAAGAUGCGAUUUUACGAUUAUCAGGCCAUUUGCAUUGAGAUAAACAACGCAAAUAGUCACUCAACUUCAUUCCUCACGCCACUUCACUACAUUCGCCAAAUUGGCACCUGGUUUGCUUCUAAAUUGGUCAGAUUCUAUUUGAGUUUAGCCUAUGAUUACUUACCUGUUUGGCUAGAAGAAAUGGUUAGUAUGGAUUAUAGUGAUGGUGAAAGUGAAAGUCCACCGCCGAAUCCAAACAAAAGUCACCCAAGGUCUUGCGACAAAGAAAUUGAUUUGUACGAUCUGAUCAACUUCUCAAACCAGACACUGCAUUUUGUGCACAAGUGCAAAACUAACGAGUUAUGUUCUCGGUAA